AAUUUCGUUAAUCAUUGUUUUUUUGAAAGUGAUCACAGUAAAAACGAGGGAGAUUCAAUGCAUGCACGCAUAGAAAUAAAUUAAAAAAUUAAGUUUUUUAUACCCCUGACCAAAUUUUUAGUAUUACUUAAAUUCAAAGAUUACUGGUGAAAAAUACUAUGUCAAAAAGAAUAAGAACAAUUCCAAAUUUACGAUUAAAACCACUUGUAGAAGACAAGUAUUGGCGGUGCGACAAAGUUAGAAAUGUGAUUUACUGGACUGGCGUCAUGGAGGUCAAUGUUGUGGAUUCACAACCAAAUAAGUUAUUUUUCAAGUAUAAUUUUGAAGACCCUUAUUCAGAACUUGAUUUAAACUACACUCAUUCAACCUCAGCUAGACGACAACGGCGAAAGCAUACCAGCUUCCCCUCGAGUACAGGCUUAGCUGUGUACUUGGAUAAUGUGCAGUUGCAACGUGCAUACCAACAACCGAUACCUUUAAGUAAAGCUUUUGCACACUGACCUUUUGAGUUUGUAUAAAACUGAAGCUAUUCCUCAGAGUAACUAUGCAUUCUACCAAUCUUUGUCCUGUUCAGAAGCUGAGAACGAAAAUAUAUCUAAAGAUGAAUAAAUUUUAAUUUUAUAUGAUUAAUAGUUGAUCUCAGUAUUUAUUUUUUGGAUUAUAUUCAUCAAUAAAUGUUUAUGUUAAAUUGAGGGUCAAAUUUCAUUCUGUAGUUAAUUAAAUAUCACCUAAAUUUGUAUAUUUUUCGUUUAUAUCUUCUAAAAUUACACUUAAGAAGAAAAAUUGUAUUGAGUGGUAACAAAAAUACUAUUGUUCGAAAUUUCCUAGCAGUAAUCAUGUUAUUUAUCAAUACCGUUUACCACAAUACAAAAUAUUACCACAAUAACUCCGUAAAAACAUAUUAUGCACCAUCCCUUCAACAAAAAAUAACGCCGUAGAAGUCCAUAAUGAAAUGUUACGAAAUAUUUUAUUUUACAAAUUUACUGCAAUAACCCCGGAAUCAUUAUAACUGUAAUAUUUAACGUAUAAAAUUUUAGGUUUUAUGAUUUUUCACAAAUAACUAGGUUUUGAAUAAAUGAGUAUUCAUAUCAAUAGCACAGUUACAUUACGCAAAAAAUUAGCUUUCAUUAGAUACAUCAGUGACUCCAAUAGACCCAUUCGUUAAAAAGAUAUUCGUUAAAAUCAGUAAAUCUUUUUUCCUGUAAAAUUUUCAUUUUUCGAUUACCGAGUUGUUGCUUGGGGGCAUCGAAAUAUACUUUAAUCAUUGUAACCAAACUGACAAUAAAAGUCACUGUAAAAUAUUUCACAGUAUAGGAUCAUCGCCAUCUUUUAUUCGUUUCAUUUUCAUUUUACAUGUAAAAAUAAUUUAUUUACUUGACAUUGGCAGAAUUGUGCGAAAUGCGCAGAUAAGCCAUUAAUUAAAAAAAAAGAAGAAGAAGACUUUUAUGUCAU